CCACAACAUCGGACACUGUGUCAGGCAGAACCAACGAGGUAGAACCCAAACGGUAGCCCAAACUGAAUGAUGGACUGGCGGCCCAGCAAAUUGAGAAUGUGCUAACACGAGAAAGAGGCUCCUUGUGUCCGUCUCCGUUUACGUGUGACGAGUGCUGCUGUGUGGUGCUGUGUGUAAAUGUGCGAGACAGUGUCCUGCGGCGGACUAGCAGGUUGCUUGCUCUUGCUCCUCCAUACAAAGUGUUUAAGUGUAUGCCCAAAAAAAAAUACGAUAAAGAAAGGUACAACAAAUAUCCUGCUACUGAUGUCGCUGAAAGUUUACCGAAAGGAUUAAAGCCUCGCACUUGACUAGGACUCCAGCACACACACCUUGCUCCUUGCUUCUGUAGGAGCAAUCAAAGGCCAAAGGUGGCUCUCAGGGCCAUACGAGGACGAAGGGCUAUGCAAAGCUAAAACCAAAAACCCGAAACCCAAAAGCCGCCAAAUUGCAACUGAAGAAGCAACUUGCCACCGCCGACUGAGGAACGAAGCAGGGGCCGGACAAGAGGAGAGGGAAGUGUGGCAGGGGAAGUACGCCAGUGGCAAUGUGGCUGCUGCAACCUGUUUCCGAAGUCUAAUUAAAAAACCCUGCACGGCAGGCUGCCUGCCUGUGCCGCAGAGUGCUCAUACGCCCCGUGGAACGCGAGUGCUUCUGACUGCCUCUCUAUCUGUGUGUGUUUAGGUGUGACAGUGUGUGUGUUUUGUAUCUAUGAGAGUGCAUAUAUGGAUAUAUAUUUUUGGUAAAAAUUAAAGCAAGGCCUCAAAGAAUUACUUUGGGCAUGCGGCUGCUGCAGCCACAACUGUUGCAUGCAACAUGGAUGGCGAAAAUCGGAUUAUACUCAAUGUGGGCGGCAUAAGAUAUGAAACCUACAAGGCAACGCUCAAGAAAAUACCCGCAACUCGCCUCUCCCGACUGACCGAGGCGCUGGCCAACUACGAUCCGGUACUCAAUGAAUACUUCUUCGAUCGCCAUCCCGGUGUGUUCACCCAAAUCCUCAACUAUUACAGAACUGGCAAACUGCACUAUCCAACCGAUGUGUGUGGCCCUUUAUUCGAGGAGGAGCUGGAGUUUUGGGGCCUCGACUCGAAUCAGGUAGAGCCCUGCUGUUGGUCAACCUACAGCAUACAUCGCGAUACGCAAAACACCUUAGCCAUAUUAGAUAAGCUAGAUAUUGAAAAUGAGAAGCCAACGGAGGAGCAGAUAGCCCGUUUAUUUGGCUUUGAGGAGGCAUUGAGCAACGGCGAGCUUAACUGCUGGCAACGGCUGAAACCCAAGAUUUGGGCCAUGUUCGAUGAGCCCUCAAGUUCCACAGGGGCGAAGAUCGUUGCUGGCAUGUCGGUUUUCUUUAUAUUUGUUUCUGUGAUAUCAUUCUGCCUGAAGACCCAUCCCGGCUUCCGUGUGGAUCUACCCGUCACCCACAAUGGCGCACACAGUGGUUCCCAUCCGCAUGGUCAUGAUCCGCUCGGUGAACCACCUCCACAGACGACGCAUCAGUAUCAUCAGCAUAGCAUUACGCCGCCCAGCGGCAGCAUUGGGCCCACCUUUCGUGUCACGAACUACACGAGCUACAGCAGCGGCAACUUCACAGCUGCCCAGGCCACGCCCAUAGCUACAAUCAAGGGCAAUCAGCGGCAGCGCCUGAAACGAGACCUUAAUGCCAGUGUCAUAAAUGAGUUUAUCGAUGAUCAGCUGCUGGAAAACAAUGGACGCAGGCAGCAUGGUUGGAUCGAGACAUACGGCCAGCCCCAUGAGGCAUUCUUCUAUGUGGAAUUGGUGUGCAAUGUGUGGUUCUUCAUUGAGGUCAUCAUUCGAUUGAUUGUCUCGCCCAAUCUGUGGCAGUUCAUUAAAUCCCCCGUGAACAUCAUUGACUUUACGGCCACAUUGAGCUUCUACACCGAUGUGAUGCAGCGCAUGGGCGAGUACACGGGCCUGCUGGAGGCCUUCUCCAUCGUACGGAUAAUGCGAUUGUUCAAACUGACGCGACAUUCGCCGGGACUGCGCAUUCUCAUACACACAUUCAAGGCCUCGGCCAAGGAGCUAACGCUGCUCGUUUUCUUCCUCGUGCUGGGCAUUGUGUUCUUUGCAAGUCUCGCCUACUAUGCGGAGAAGUUGCAGGACAACCCGGACAACCAGUUCAAGAGCAUCCCAUUGGGACUGUGGUGGGCGAUUGUGACCAUGACCACCGUCGGCUAUGGCGAUGUGGCGCCCAAAACCUAUCCGGGAAUGUUUGUGGGCGCUCUGUGCGCCCUCGCUGGUGUCCUGACCAUCGCCCUACCCGUACCUGUUAUCGUUAGCAACUUCUCCAUGUUCUAUUCACACACACAGGCCCGCUCCAAGCUGCCGAAGAAGCGACGUCGUGUCCUGCCCGUGGAGCAGCCGCGUAGGAAGCGAGAACCCACGGCUCCACAUCGCGGGCGGACGAACGCCAUUAAGCAAACGCCGCCCACUGUGCCAGGAAUGGUGGGUGGCGGUGGUGGUGGUCCGGCUGGCGGCGGGGGAGGAGGCGGUGGUGCGGGCCAUGCUGCGGGCCAUCCAGCGGCAGCAGCGCCCAUGUUCAAGGAUGCAUUCGGUGGUGCUAAAAUUGGCACUGUGAAUGUGAAUGGCGUCAAUGUCAUUGGCCUGAACCAUCCGCAUACGCAUCCGCAUUCGCAUCCACAUCCGCAUAGGCAACUGCCACCGCCGCAGCCAGCGACAACGACGACACCGACGACCGCGCCAACGACAGCUACAGCGAUGACAACGACCUAUCAAGUGCCUACCCACAACACCCACAGCCAUGCCCAUGCUCAUGCCCAUGGCCAUGGCCAUGCCCAUGCUCCUGGCUAUGCAGCGACGUUGACGUCACCUACCGGCGCCUCGGCAGCAGCUGUGGCCACAGUUGCCGCUGCCGCCGCUGCUGCUGCAGCCUCUGCUGGUCCCUCGUUCAUCAGUUCGGACUAUCUGAGCGUUCCGGCGGUGCAGAGCCUGCAGCCCAGGGCGGCGACGACUGGCCACGACUUUAUGCUGCCGCUCCAGCCGAAACUUCUGGGAGUCGAGCGUAAGGAUCAGCAUCCACUACAGCUGACUGCCCACAAUCUGGUAUCGGACACCCACCAGCUGAUGUACACCGGCCACGCCCAUCAGCACGGACAGAAGACGGGCGCCACUGUGCUGAGUGUGCCACCCACACUAAGCAUGACCCACAGCCAGAUGCCACCCGGCAUGGCCAGCAUGGGUCAGCGCACACCGAAUCUCAGCUACCGGGCCUCUCAUGCGCCGCCAGGAGCCCCACAGUCGACGAUGAUUCAACAGCCGAUUCCACAUGCCCACCAGCCGCUGCCAAUUUCCGCCUGCCACGCCUCGACCAACUGCAACAUCAAGAUCUCAGUGGAGCCCGGCGGAGGCUGUCUCGAGGAACUGCGAGCGCCCAAAGUCACGCUGCUGGACGAUCUCAGUGACGACGUGAAUUCCUCCACCGAUGACUGCGGCGACUGUUGUCUGGUGGAGGACAGCGACACGUACGAGGCGGCGGCAGCCAACAAUGGACUGUGCGGCAAGCGGAACAGCGAUUCGGUGGGAAUCAUCGAUGGCCUGGAGGAUGAUGGAGAGGACAGCGGCGGCGUGGGUGGUGACAGCGGCGAUAGCAUGGGCGGGAUCUACAUGGGACCCACGCAUUGAUGGCCUGCGCUUAGAUGGGAUUUCCCACAUUAAAACUAUGCUCAAAGCUGCUCAAACUAUGCUCCAAAAGCUGCUGAAAAAAAUUUAGUGAGUCUUGCAAAAUUUAAGAAAAUAAGUUCGAGUGACAGUGUGGGUAAACGCGAGCCAGUAAAGUCUCAAAAAUGGUCCGGAAACUGAAGGAGUAUUCUUGAGCUUCUGUUUAGCUGAAUCUUUUGGAUUUUAUUUGAAAAGUCUGGUUAGUGACUCACAAAAUGUUCGCACAAAAUGCUGCUCAAACUAUAAUUUGUAUGUACAAGAACUGACCGUUAUUCGCAGUGGCACAGUGCUGUAAAAUGUUAACAAAUGUUAGUUGAUUGAGGGUACAACUGUACCAUAACAGCAGUUAGCGCUGUUAAAUGUUCUUUAAGUUGAAUAAGUACUUACAUUUUAAUUCCAAACAAAAAAACACUGCCUCCCCCUAACCCCCCUACAUCUUUCAUAACAUUUAAAAAUGUCAUCUUAGGAGAGAACUGCUCUGCGUAGUUUUGGCUUCAGUAUUUGUAGUAAAUCCAACAUUUCCACCCGUCUCAUUUAUCAAGAAUUUUAGUCAAUCUUUGCUCGCACAACUCCAGGGAUAUCCCAGCUUUGGUCUUCGUCCAAGACAAACAUCCGUUACAUUUGUAUCAGUGUCCUUAUAACUGUCAUGUUGACAACUGUCAUUGACAGGGAUAUACAUGCAUGUUCAGUCCGACACAGAGAUAGUUGUGUGUGUCUAUGUGUGCGCUGUGCUGCACGUCCGAGCAGGGUCGUACGGGUCCGUGGUCCGGGUCCAGCCAUUUAGUGAUGCCAAGGCAAACAGACGAGUGAAGAGAUACGGAGAUGGGCAUCGUCAUACCGCAUACAAAAGCAAACAUAUCGUCCAUAUAUAAAUGUGACCACUUGUGUGCAGCCAAGCAGGAAUAGUGUGACCACCCCACACCCACUUCUGUAGCCACAAGAGCGAGGAAUGUUCCGCUUCUCUUUCCAGCUGUGGCUGACACAUCAAGGUGUUUAUUGGGUAAAUCUUUUGGACGAAACUAUAAAUUUCCACACUUGACUCUUACGCUCCAUUUAUUGGAUACUCUCCUUUCACUAUCACAGCGCACAGAGCUCAGCGGGGGGUGGGGGGUGGGGUUGACAGAGCACUGAAAAGUGUCUCUGGGAAUGUUUAUCUGACACAUUGACUGCCAUCGUUUCAAUGAACUUCCCCGCACCGCAGCGCACACACACAAAAGUUAAGUAAAAACUGUGUCGACAGGCGCACACAAAAGGCCACGACAGGCCAAAAACUAAAAUGGCGAUGACAUGAAUGUCCUUGCCACACCACUGGCACACAAAACCCACAAACUUGGUGGAUUGUGUGGUUGACCUUGUAAAUAGUAUUUUUGGGGGUCGCUGUUAUCCAGCGCAUAGUAUGCUAAGUUUUCCUUCUUCGACCCAUAAAUGUUAAUUGAUUUAUUCAUGGAUGCUCCUCAAACAGAUAUAACAGACAGAACAGGGAGUACAGGGAGUACAUCCCUACUGUAAAUAUUUGUCAGCUAACGACUAACGAGAUGGAUAAGCGACAGUAGAACGACAGGAUGUAGAACACAUAUUUGACUUUAAAUAAGGUUCAAUGGUAAUUUUUGGUCCAAUAUUUAUAGUUUUUUUCAUGUGCUUCUAGAACGAAAAAUAAAACCAAACGAACUUUGAUCCGAUUUCUGAUGUAAAUGAAAGUAAAAUAAGUUGCCAGAAAAUACGCGAAUGAAAAAAAAACUAUAUUGAAUAUAAGUGAAUGUGAAAUUAAACCAACUAAGAAUUUAAUCUAACGAUAGAUAUUAUAAUCUAAAAAAGAAGAUGCUAUAGAAAGAAGUUCGAUUGUGUCCAAGUCCAUGUCCGUUUAAAAAAUACCAACUGUUUAUGAUCUUUAAAACGUUUUUAUUACUCAGAAGAAUGCUUCUAAUUUGGCCUUUUUCCAUAGUUACAUAUAUCUAAAUAUCAGUCCAGACUAUUCCCCCUCAGUUCUCGUCUGAAUUUCGAUUCUAAAAUGUUGGUUAAAUUUGCUUUAGGUAUCCAAAAUAGGUUUGAAUGUUCAAGUUUAAAAGAAUCUCUAAUGAUUUCCUAAAAAGAAUAAAACCAAAAAUUAGCAAAUAUCGAAGAAAAAAACAUAAACAAAUUCUAGUUAAAGAAGAAAUUUAAAUCUAAAAAAGUAUUUAAGAGAAAUUCGAAUGAAAAUGGAUCUGAGAAACUGCAGCAAAAGGAAACUGCUGAAAAAGCUCAUAAAAUCAAUAUUGUUUCAAUAGAAUUAAUGUAGUUUAAACAACACCAGUGUGACACUAAACUUAUUAUAUUGAAAUUUAAUUUGCUUAGCAAAUAACUCAAUUUAGUUCUGAAAAGAUCCAUCAAACACAGAAGCCGAAAAACCAAAAAAAAAAAAAAAAACCUUUGAGAGAAAUCACCCACCACAGGCAGGCAACAGAAACACCCC